AUGGGAGCCGCUCCGAGCAAAACGUCGGCGGCAACGGCGUCGUCCGUCUUGCGCACCCGCGUGGUCCGCAGCGACUUGACGCUGGCGCAAGUGCUUGCGCUCUCCCGUCGUGCACGACCGGCUGCCCAUGCGGCGUCGACCGCGCCCGUCGACGCCAGUGGCUCGAAAGCAGAGCUCCUCGAGAUGCCUCGCGACCUGCGCACGCACGUGGAAUCGGUCGACUACGACCGCGUCGAGUUCCUCGCCGAGACGACGCGCGCGUUCGACGCGACGGCCGGCGGCCACCGCCCGCGAUCGUCGCAGCCGCUUCGCCUCCCGAUAGACCGCACGAGCGCCGCGUCGUCAACGGGCGCGGGCGGCCACGACCAAGAAACAGUGCGCGGGCGACUCACGGCGCGCGAGCUGAGGGCGGUCCUGCGCCUGCAUUACGCCGCGCCCGAGAAAUGGACGCCCGACGUGCUGGCGGAGCAAUACGGUCUCGAGCGAGCGGCAGUGCGCUCGAUUUUGCAGAGCGUCGGGCCGCCGAACGUUCUGCCGCCGAGAGGCUCAUCGGAACAUCCACUGGGCGUGUGGUUUGACGCGCCGGCGCAGAGCAGUUGA